AAUCAUAGAGGGAAACAGACUCUCAACUUAAAGUCUACAAGCACUCGGGACCUAACAUAGCCUGAAAGAAGCCUUAACUGAUUAAAGAAGUUGUCUAUGACAGCUACAUUAUGACAGCAGAAAAGGAAAAAAACCAAUAAGGUGUAUACAUUUUGUGGAAAUGGGGGUAAAUCCUGUAUACACACUAGUUGAAUAACCCCUUCACACACUGUACAGUGUGAUGGUCACUCAAAGAUGUCAUAGGAACGGUCGGUGCCAACAAGCGCCUUUAAGAUCUCAAAAAAAUCGAGAAAGAACAGAACAAAUGGUUGAGAACUAUUCCCUCCUGGACAUGAGGGCUCUGCCACCGGUGAUGAUCACACUAAACAAUUCCGUGUACUGGCAGGAGUUUGAGGACCCCUGUGUCUACGAGUGUCUGGAUGGCAAAGACUGCCAGAGCUUCUUUUGCUGCUACGAAGAGUGCAAGUCGGGCUCCUGGAGGAGAGGCCGCAUCCACAUCGACGUCUCGGAGCUGGACUCGUACUCCUGUGUCUUCUUCCCUACGUCCUUCCUGCUGUUCAACCUGGUCUAUUAGGUUGGAUACCUGAACCUUUAAGUCACUGCUCUGGACUGGAGUACUUGAUUUACGUUUUCCCUGUCCCCACCCCACCCCCACCUGCAGACAAGUAGUGACGAACAAAAACAUACCA